AUGAGAAAUAGAGAUAUUCCUAAACAUCUAUAAACUAAAGUUUUUAAAAAUCUUGAAUACUCACAUAUACUAGAAGGAAGCUUAAUAUAAAAAAGUGAAAUAAUUUUAGAUAAUCUGACUCUCACUCUUCGAAAUCAAAUCAAAAUAGAGUUUUAUGGCAGAAUUUUGCAAAAUUAUAAGUUAUUUAAUCUUAAUUUUUCACAAGAAGUAAGACAAGAGCUGUGUCUUCAUAUGAAAGAAAUAAUAUUAUAACCAGGAGAAAUUCUUUACGAUAUUGGAUAAAACAAUGAUAAAAUAUUCUUUUUGCAUAAGGGAUCAGUUGAAAUAAUUUCAUUUAACUUCAAUAAAUAGAAUUCUUCAACUAUUGGAAUUGCUUAAUCUGGUAGUAUGCUUGGACAACUAGGAUUUUUCACUGGGUAAUUAGAAAUACUUUAAGCGAAAUCAAUAGAUACAUGCUUUUUAAUUUAUUGUGAUAGAAGCAGCUUUUAAUAAAUAAUUUCAAAAAAUAGCUAUGAUAUGGAAAUUUUUUGUAAGUUGAGAGAUAAUCUACUGAUUUAUAAUAGGUAAUUUGAAACUACCUGUUAUUGCUGCUAAAAAGUAGGCCACGAAACAAGUUAAUGUUAAAUUUAUGGUGCCAAAAUUGUAAAGUAGAUAUCCAUUUGGAAACACUUAAAAUGGUUUUAGUAAGAAAGAGAUAGUUCACAUUAAAGGAAGAAAAAAAAAUCAAUUAACAGCUUAAAAUGCAGAAAUGAAUAUAUGACUUAGGCAAGAAAAUUAAGACUACUGUAUUUCUAUUAUGCUUACGAUUAUGACUUUUAGAUUCAAUAGGAAGAUUUAGAGCUAGAAUAAAAUGAUAUGGAAUUCCUACUUUUUAUCCCCAAAAUUUUUUAUAAAGAUGGAGAAUAUGAAUAUAGUGAGGGCGAAAUAUCUAACUUUAGUGAUCGAUACUAUGAUGAACUCAAAAAAGAAUAUGAUUUAUAUCCACCAAAAAUAAAUUCAUAAAGAGAACUUUAAAGACAAGAAACUUAAAAACCAGAAGAUAGUUCAAAUUCUUAGCUCAGUGAACCUAGAAUCUAGAGUAAUGAAAGUAUCUUGAAAGCAAAAUAAUAAUUACAUAGACAAAGCUUAAAUUUAAAUUAAUUUACUAAAAAAGAAUUUUUUAAACAAUAAAAAAAUAAAACUCAGCCUUUAUAAUCUGAAAAAGAGUAAAUGUAAGUAAACUUCACCAUGAAUUUUAAUAAUCUCCAGAAUAAACUUUUUUAGAAAAGUAAUAGUAAAGGCAAUUAAAAUAAUUCCAAUAAAUCGUAGAAGAAUAAGAAAAAUAAUUCUUUAUCUCGGAUAGAAGAAUAUCAAAUGCCUUCAGGAGAGAUUUAAUACAACUCUGAAGUUAUGUUUUCAGAUCCUAAAUUAAAUACUCCAAGAAUAAAUUUAACUAACAGAAAUCUUGCAGAUAUCAUAGAAAGAUAGCAAUCAAGCUCAUAUCAAGAAGAAUCUAAAUCAUCUAUUAAUAAAAAUUAAGAUGUUUUGAAAAUUUGUAAAAGUUAAAAUGAAGAUUUUUAAAAUAUAACUUCAAAUUAAAGACUUUCAAUUGAUAAACACAAGAUUAAUCGGAUAAGUAUUGAGCAUUCAAGGAACAGUUUUUCGCGAGGUCAACGACCUUCGAUUCUCUUUGGUCUUAAUUAAAUAUCAAGCUUAUAAAAAUAAUUACGUCUUAGCAAUGAUAAAAAUAUACCAAUCUAAGAAAUUGCUGAUAAAGAAAAUAAAGACUAAGAUAGUUCAUAAUCUCUUACCAGUAAAUCUUCAAGUGCCAGCUCUUAUAGUUAGACCCCUAAUCAAGUAAGAGUGAAAACAGUUGUGAAUUUUGACAAAGUUAAUGAAGCAAUGCAAAUACUUUAAGAGAGGAGAAGUAAUCAAAUAAGUUAAUUUUAUCUUUAAUAUUAUGAUGGAAUCUACAUAGUACCUGACUUUGAUAAAGUGAAGGAGUAUACAGGAUAUUAUCCUUACAAUAAUUUUUCUAAGGUAAUGAAAUAAUUAAGGGAAAAGCAAUAUAGACUUUUUAGAAAGCAAAAGUUAAGUAGGACUGUCAUAAGGGAUAACAAAAAAAAAUUUACUGAAAUUUAAUAUGCACAAUAAUGA